UUUGAACACUUGCUGUAACGUCAAAGAAGAAAUCGUUGCGUCGGUUUUAGAACGCUUUGGUUUCAGUUUAGGAAAUGGUGUUAAAUUAGUGUCUAGUACGCUCUCUCUCUCUUUUAUUUAUUUAUUUAUUUUUUAUUUGAUUAAAUACCAGUUUUUGUUUUAAGAUGAACUGGGUUACAGCUCUAAGCAACUUUAUUUUCCACUAGUAGUGAUCAUGAAUGUGUCAAGCUGUUCGUCGUUUACAUUUAGGAGUUUCCUUGUUUUUUGUGGACUUUUUGUAAUUGCCUAUGCAAACAUCAUUAAUGAUGAUGAUGAAUGGAUCGAUCCGUUUGACAUGCUCAAUUAUGACCCGACCACAAAGCGCAUGAGAAAACCCACAGAGUCUGCCAGUUACACCAAUGUGCCAGCCAAGAGUAGAGAGUCCAGGACAGACCCCAGUGGUGGAAUACAGACAGUCCAGUGUCCUGAUGAUUGCACAGAUAAACUGGGUAUUUUGCAGAAAGAGAUUGAUGAAUACAAAAAGAGGGGGUCUGCCAUCUCUCAGCAGUCAACAUGUGCCAAUGCAGUGUUCAAGCGUUUCCUGUCCAAGCUCUUUAAAGGAACGGCAAAACUUGGCCUGCCUGAUGAUGCAAAAACAGUCAUGCAUUAUGACGCUGAGGUAAAGCUUUCCAAGCAAUCAGUGGCAGAGAUCCAGAAGCUUUUAAAUGAUAAAAACAGCUGGACCACUGGAGACAUGGAUGAGUCUCUCAGUCAAAUUCUGGUCAACUUCAAACUCCAUGACCAUGAAGCUUGGAAGUGGCGAUUUGAAGAUACCUUUCACAUAGAAAUUGACACUGUCAUGAAGGUUUCUUUGUGCGUUCUGAUCAUAACGACUGUUAUCUGCACUGAAGUUUGGUCUGGGGUGUCCUGGUUUGUCCAGUUCUGGAGAAUGUUUGCUGUCUGCUUUUUUAUCAGCUUGAUCUGGAACUGGUUCCAUCUUUAUAUGCUUGCCUUUGCUGAGCACCAGAAGAACAUUGUGCAGAUGGAGAGCUUCAAUGCUAAAUGUACUGGGCUGAAACAGAUGGACUGGAAGGACAGUUUGACAGAGUGGUACAGACGUACAUGGACUCUUCAAGAUGAUCCCUGCUCAAAGUUUUAUGAAGUCCUGGUGGUGAACCCAAUUUUACUUGUAUCUCCAAUGAAGGCUGUCACGGUCACUAUAACCGGCUUCAUCACAGAUCCCCUGAAGCACAUUGGGCAGGGCAUUAGUGAGUUCCUCAGAGCCUUGCUCAAGGAUCUUCCAGUCACUCUCCAAAUCCCUGUACUUCUCAUUAUUGCAGCAGCCAUCUUUGUGUUUAUGUAUGGAAGUGCUCAAGCAGCUAUCCAUCAUGCAGUACCCUGGCCCCGCCUUGGUCACCGUCAGGACCCACCACCCCCUGUAUUAUGGCAACAUCAAGCUCCGCAACUAAGGGAGGAUGGGGGAGCAUGGGCCGGAGGUGAUGCCCCACAGCCGCCACAAGUGCACCAGGAGGCCAACAGGAUCAGUCAAUCAGGAAACAAUGCUAAUGUCCCUCAGCCAGCAGACAGAAGCAAUCAACAGGCCCAGACGGUACAGGUGGAGACCCUACGCUCUGCAGGAAACAUCUCUAGUGAGGAUGAGACUGAUCUUCAACAACAGAGGCAAGAAGAGGAACCUGGCAUAGAGGAAGGUGGAGAGCCUGAAACAGAGGAUGUUCAAAAGAAAGAAAAAGAGGAUAAUCCAACUCCCAUGGACAAAAGGGAGCAGGAAGGCACACAGACUCUAGAUACUAGUGAGAAUGUGCCCGCAAGCAAUCUGUCUUCUCAACAAAUUGAUGUGAAAACAGUAGGAGCAGAUCAAGGGAAUGAUGUUCACGAGGCAUUGGCAGAUGGAGCCUCAGUCUUCAGAGAGGAAUAUGAUUCAAGCUUUAGGACUCCAGUUCAAGAAACAGGGCAAUAAAAUGUUCUUAGAACUGGUUCAUUAUCAGUGCUUUGAAACAGAGUUUUUUCUGUCAUUACUUUCUUUAAACAUUAAAGAUUACAUUUUCUAAUUUGA